CAACCUUUACGGCUUUACCAACCCGAACGCAGUGUCGUGUAAAGAAAGUAGCCGUUAACACAUCAUUUUCUGAGCAUCCGAUUAUGAAAUCAAUCUGCAGUCACAGAUUUGGCAAAAUAUCUCGUAAAGUCUUUCUUCGCUGAAAUUUUCUCUUAUUUUCUCACAAUUAUUUCUUUCUCGGAACCCAAAUAGAACUCAAAGUUCAGUGCUAACAGUUUUCGUAUUACCAUGAGCUUGCUUAUAAAUCACUGUGUUAGCUGUGGUCUGAAUAACCUGAGAACCAACCAUGGUAGAGAAAAGUUCCCAAUCAAAAUCAGCGACAAGUCUUCAACAAAUGAUAUUGUUUCCUUUUCGAAGAAUGACAGUAAUUGCAGCUCUCGAAUUAAUACAAUAGCGAGUUCUAUUGCAGUUGCAAAUUUGGUUGCAAUAGACGCGGCAAAGGCUGUAACUACGAGUAAAUUAUUGGAAGAAGCUGCUUCUAUCUAUGCUUUGGCUGAUGGAAGUACUGGGGAUUGGUUUGGAACCUUUUUAUAUUCAGCUGGACAACAGGCUAAUGAAGCUGUUCAAGACCAGUUAUCUGCCCUUAGUUUUACCAGUUUGGCAGUUAUUUUUGGGGCAGGGCUUGUGACCAGCCUUUCACCUUGUACGCUGAGUGUUUUACCAUUGACUCUUGGUUACAUUGGAGCAUUUGGCUCGGGGAAAAGCAGGGCAGAGGUCAUUGCGGAUUCCAUCGCAUUUUCUUUAGGAUUGGCUACCACACUAGCUCUUCUAGGCAUAGCAGCCUCAUUUGCUGGGAAGGCAUAUGGACAGAUAGGACAAGGAUUGCCUUUGGCUGCUUCUGGCUUGGCUGUUAUUAUGGGUCUAAAUCUCCUUGAGAUAAUUGAGUUACAGCUCCCUUCCUUUUUUAACAAUUUCGACCCCCGAGCUGCUGCUGCUAAUUUCCCAUCAAGUGUACAAGCAUAUUUAGCUGGGCUUACUUUUGCAUUAGCUGCCUCUCCUUGCAGUACACCAGUACUUGCAACUUUGUUGGGAUAUGUAGCUACCUCUAAGGAUCCACUGGUAGGAGGCAGCUUGCUUUUGACGUAUACUACUGGCUAUGUUGCUCCUCUUCUUCUUGCUGCUUCGUUUGCUGGAGCAUUGCAGAGCCUGCUGUCAUUCCGCAAGUUUUCAGCAUGGAUCAACCCAAUGAGUGGUGCACUUCUCCUAGGAGGAGGUGUAUAUACUUUCUUGGAUAGGCUCUUCCCACCCACAAUGGCAAUGUAAAUACCCCACCUGCGCCACUAGGUUUUACUUCACAAAGUGUACAGAGAAAAUGAAAAAUUGAUUGAUAGUAAGACAAAGCUUAUACAAACCCUUCAUUCUAUAAAGUCAUUAGGUUUCUCAUAAUGGUAAUAUCAGUGAUCUAUUACUCAUUUUA